UAAACCUUGCUAAUAAAUAAAAUAAAUAAACUUAUAUGUUUAUGUAGUCCGUAAGUAAUCGUUACAUUUGUUACCUACUAGAAGUAGGUAAUCCAAAGCAAAGUAAGUAAAAUAGGAGUACAACUAAAGGGAGUAAACAAUUCACGAAUAUGCCAAUAAAAACCAGUACUUUGCUUCAAAUCGCUGGAUGGGGAGGCGUGAUAGUGAGUUCCACGGGCUUUUAUUUACAAAAUCGUUUAAUAGACACGGUCAGGAAUUACGACUACUACAAAGAUGCUUUGAAGAAAUUGAGGACACACCAUGGCGCCGUACAACAUUUAGGAGAGCCUAUCAAAGACAAACGUUUCAAGAUGACCGAUACUGAAAAUAAUUAUUCGGAUAGGGAAAAAGCCAGAUUUAGGAUACCUGUUUCUGGACCAAAAGACAGAGGGGCUUACUUCAUUUGGGUUGAUUCGUAUUAUUAUAAUCUUUACAGAAACAUGUCUGACGCAGCGCUCUUCAUAGGUACACCUCAAGAAAAGUUCUUUUAUCAUAAUACACUUUUGUGUGUCGUUAAUUCUUUGCAAGGAAAAAAUGUGACUGUGGAUUUAAGAAAUGACACAUAUGUCUGUGGAUUGAUUGAAUUAGUAGAUGGUUUUAUGAACAUUUCAUUUAAAAAUGCGAUUUAUUGUGAUCCACAAGGAAAUGAAUUCGCUUUUGACAACCUGUUUAUUCAUGGUCGUAAUAUCAGAUAUGUGCAUAUUCCAGAAAAUAUGUCGCUCCUAUCAACAAUUCGACAUGAAGUUUCCAAAAAAUUCUACAAGCCCCAUAUGAAACAGCUCACAGAAAAAACAAGAAAAACUAAAAAAGCAGUAAUGCAACAUAUGAAAGUAGUAGCAUCAUUAAACACAUAAAGCUUUUUUUUAAAU